GGGAGAUGCUGGGCCUCAAGGCCUCCCAGGGUCCCCAGGAGUAGCUGGGCCACAGGGAAGCCCAGGAGAGCAUGGUGCAGAUGGUGAGAUUGGACAGAAAGGUGAUCAGGGUCACCCUGGACUUCCAGGUUUCAUGGGCCCUCCAGGGAAUCCUGGUCCACCAGGAGCAGAUGGAAUUGCAGGAGCUGCUGGACCACCGGGAAUUCAAGGGCCACCUGGGAAAGAAGGUCCUCCUGGUCCCCAAGGCCCAUCAGGAAUUCCAGGAAUCCCGGGAGAAGAAGGCAAACAGGGCAGAGAUGGAAAGCCAGGUCCCCCAGGAGAACCAGGCAAGGCAGGAGAGCCAGGCCCACCAGGGGCAGAGGGAGCCCGCGGUCCACCUGGCUUCAAGGGACACACAGGUGAUUCUGGCCUGCCGGGUCCUCGGGGAGAGCCUGGUGCCACAGGGCCCCCUGGACCAGAAGGAUCACCAGGAAAAAAUGGUGAUACUGGACCUGCAGGACCACAGGGCCCCAGAGGGCCAAGGGGCUCACCGGGUGAUACUGGACCUGCAGGACCACAGGGCCCCAGAGGGCCAAGGGGCUCACCGGGUAGCAGUGGAUUACCUGGAUCCCCAGGAGACCCUGGCCAUCCGGGGGCACCAGGCCAGAAGGGAAGCAAAGGGGAAAAUGGCAGCCCAGGACUUCCUGGUUUCCUGGGUCCCCGGGGGCCUCCUGGAGAAGCUGGAGAGAAAGGAGCUCCAGGCAAGGAGGCAAGUAUUCCUCACUCCCGCCCUUUCCCAUGGAAUCACAGAUGGGCACCAAGCCUGGGAAGCCUGUCCAGGGCCCACAGCCCUGAGCUCCACCUACGUCAAUGUGCUUUUUGUACUUGGGGGUGCUCCUGGGAAGCCUGGAGAGCCUGGAUCCAAAGGAGAACAG